AUGAUGCUAAUGUCAUUUCGUUACGAGCCUUACCUGCUACCAGAAGGCUUUUCUCCGACGGAGUACGAUGCGAUUUGUGGAUGGGCGAGACAAAACUUUGGCCAUUCUGGGAAUCGGCGGCUACGAGACAUUAUUUCCCAGAAUGUUCCCGUGUACAAAUCAGCAAAAACAAAGAGUGACAAGGGAAAAGUCAUUGUGGACUUGUGCAAGCAACUCAUUAUGGCUUCACCAACUCGCACAGGGUUUGUCAAACUAGAUUCCAAGAGUGGUCGAUGGUAUUUUAUUGGCUACGAGAAGUCUAAGGAUAAGAUUGGGCAUGCUUUACGGAAAGCAGCUCAAUUCCAAGCCAAGAAGAACAAGAAAGAGUCGGAAUCUGGAGGGCGAUCGUCUCAUGAUGGCGGAGAGCAAUCACCCCAGAGCACUCCACUGCACCAGAAACCGCGAGAGAUAGCGCAACACUCGUCACCCCAGGGAUUUCCUCAGUCUCCAAUGACUGGAGAGUCCAGUAGGGAAGAUACAUCUUCCGAUGAGGACCGGGGCCGCUCCCAUUCCAUUCACUCGGACACUCGACAACCGAUAUUAUCUUCCGCCCCUUCCACAUCACGAGGAGACUUUGCUGCUGGAGAUCCAACGCUGGAGCCGUCUCCGAUACCUUCUCCUCGAUCCUUGCCAAUGAAGCGCACAACGAGUGAAAGUCCACCAAAGGCGGAAGACGCACAAGUACUUCGCUUCUUGAUUGGUCCCGGUGGUACCGUUGGUACAAUGGCGGCACCAGCGCCAUCAGAUGUAGCGGCCGUAGCAGCACAAGCCGCAUCGGAAGGUGGUGGAGCCAGUGACGGCAGUAGUGGUGGCGAACAAUCCAAAAGUUCCUCCAAAGUAUCCUCGAUUUUGGGCAAGGGAUCUAUUGGGAACUCACCCAUGGAAAGUCCAGUUCGGCGUAGCAUGUUUGAUUCACCAAUGAAGGUUUAUCCCAUGCAAAUGGCACAAGCAAACGGAACGCUCUUGCGCAAUCAACCAAGUGUUUCCAUUCCCUUGCCAUUGUCUGGUAUCGGUGAAGGAGGAGAAUCGUAUCAUCAUGAUCGGGAGGAGGAAGAGGUUGAUCGAGUCACUAGUCUACCAGCUCGGGAUCCAUCAGGCGCUUCAUCACCCCAUCAACCAAUGUAUGCUUCUCAUGCGGUUCCUCCGCCAGCCUCUCAUGCAGUUCCACCAGGAUAUCCACCAAGCUACUACUAUCCUUCACCCUAUCUUCCACCGCCACCUUCUGGAUACAUUUACUAUCCCGUUCCCGUGCACUAUCCGAGUUCUGGAGGCUAUCCACCACCACCACCACCACAAGCUAGUCCCUACUCCUAUUAUCCCCCACAACAGCAAAAUGAGCCACUACAGCAACAACAGCAACAGCAACAACACAGAAUGCCACCAUCUGCCUUGCGAAGGGACCCAAAUUAUCCUCCACGAAAGGGGGGAGAUGAGGGUGAACUCAAGCAAGGAUCUCCCUCUCGCAUGAGAAAUCAUCAUUCGGGGACACCACAUAUGCCUUCGUAA